AAAUCACCAUAAACCCAUUGAUUGUAUUAGACUCUCUAUGGAUAAACCGAUAAAAAUGUGUUGAUUUUAUGAUUUCACGAUGCUGCAGUUAUAAAAUUUAAUUUUGAGUAAAUUAACGCAUUUCAGUAAAAUAAAAUAAAAACAAUAUAAAAAAUGAAAUAAAAAAUAAUCUUAAAAUUAAAAUUAAAAAAUCAAAAAGGAAAUUAAAAGAAAAAGAAAAAAUAAAUUAAAAAGAAAAAAAAUAAAAUCAAUAUGUUAAAUAAAAUAUUUACUGUAUACUAUAUACUAUCAAUAGUCAAGAUGCCAGAAAAAGCCUCAAAACGAGUCUGUAAAAUCCCAGAAAGGAAAUUACACUGAAGUCUGACUUUAGUAACAAAUGUAAUUAUUUUAAAAAUAGACAAAAGAAAAGUUAUUAAAAUUACAGAAAUUGACUAAUAACACAUGAGAUCAAAAAAACUAUUAAUACUUUUCUUCGUCGAAAUUCUAGACCAAUUAAAAAAAAUACUAACUUUUUUUAAAAUAAAAGAACAAAACAAAAUGUAAAAAGGAGAUAAACAAAAGAAGAAAAGGACACAAGAAUACGAAUAAAAGAUUUGAGAUGCAUUUUUGUACAGUAGCUAUGUAGGUUUGAUUUCUUUUUAUAAAUAAUAGAAAGAUGCAUCAGAGAAAUAGCUUCCAUAUUCUUUCUUAAAGACAUCUUUUAGGUUUAGUUCUGAUAAGCAACGUUUGUUUAUCGUUUUCUCUACUACUAAAUUUCUUGUUUGUUGUGAUGCUUGAAAACCUGUUCUUGAUGGCGUUGUGGUUCCUGGAGGACCUUUAACCCCCGGUGUGCCGGCUGUCUGAGGGGCAGAGGUUUGGAUUUCACUGAACUGAUCCGGUUUCAGAGAUGACACCGACCUGCGGCUGCAGUCGCGAGAGAAACUGGACGGAGAUGCACGGCGCUCAUCAGCUCCAGCUUUAAGAAAUGCAGGAAGAACUCCAGACAUCCUAAAUACUGAGCUCUGAUCGCUGUGGUUAGAUAAAAGAAUGACCUCCAAAGCCAACAGUCCUCCAUCUUACGAGGAGGCGCUGCACCACCCCAAGUCCGAGGACUGCUCCUAUCUGCCCCCUCCCUCCUACAGCCCCAGCCCGGGCAUGUACCCCGGCCCCCCUGGUUACUGGAGCCAGGGGGGCGUUUUCCCGCAGGCCGGCGUGUCUCCAGGCUUCUCCCCGUCCAUUCCGACUCUGUCCGCCGCUCUGCCAGCGUCCCACUCAGGUGACAUGGAGGAGUUUUUCAGGAACCAGUGGGAGAGCACGUCUGUCCGGCACGCCUUCAUCAGAAAGGUUUAUUUGAUCCUGGCGGUGCAGCUGUCCUUCACCUUCACGGUGGUGGCGGUUUUCACGUUCGUUGACCCGGUGAGGCAGUUUGUCAUCAGAUACCCCGGCAUCUACUGGGCAUCUCUCGCCGUUUACUUUGUGGUUUACUGCGUCCUCAUCUGCCUUAAAGAGCCCAGGAGGCGUUUCCCAUGGAAUCUGCUGCUGCUGGGAAUAUUUACUCUUGCCUUAUCCUACAUGGCUGGAACCAUCUCAAGCUAUUACGAGACAAAAGCGGUGUUUAUCGCCAUGGGGAUCACAGCGGUCGUCUGCGUGGCAGUGACAGUCUUCUGCUUCCAAACGAAGGUGGACUUGACCUCGUGCAGUGGACUUCUCUGCAUUUCUGGGGUUCUGCUGAUGAUUAUCGGGAUCGUCACGGCCGUCGUGCUCUCCUUCCAAUACGUGCCCUGGCUUCACAUGCUCUACGCUGCAAUCGGAGCGGUCGUUUACACUCUGUUUCUCGUCUACAACACUCAGCUCCUCAUCGGGAACCGGGAGCUGUCCAUCAGCCCGGAGGAGUACGUCUUCGGAGCGCUGUCGCUCUACGUGGACAUCGUUCACAUCUUCCUCUUCAUUCUUCAAGUCAGCGGAUCGGCCACGGAGUAGACGAGGACAGCUGACCCUCAAAGCCGGCCUCCGCUCAACGUGCACGUGUUUAAAGCUCCUCAUAGCGCUCGCUUUCAUUCGCCUGAUUGUAUAUAGCUGGAAGUCUGAACAAUCGCUCACACUUUUCUGUGUUUUCAUUCUCUUCUGUGAGUAAAAUCAUCGAAACUCAAAA